AUGAAUGAUGCGUUUGGCUCUUACUGCAGUAGUAGCCGGCCACAUGAAUACUCAAAGCGGGAUGCAGUGGAAGUGCUAUUUCGGUUGUACCAAACAAUGCACAAACCUCUAUUUUGGCGAGUUGUCAGUCUUAAACGUGCAGGUCAUGGCGAGUCGGAUAUAGAGAGCCACAUGUACGCUAUGCCUGUGUAUACGCACUUACACACAUUGCUAAUAAAUAUGUGGAAGUGCGUAUUUGGCGCCUAA